AUGUUGCAUUUUGAGAGCGAGCAUAUUCCGUCUGAACACAAAAAAAACUUUGCUCCAAAAAACCCUACAAUAAAGAAACCAAUAGAGAACCAGCGAGUCCCCCGUUUAAUCAGAGUGACACAAGUGGAAAGUCCUUAUUUUAAAAUAAUCAGUCCAAAUGACUCAAACAUCAAAGUCGGUCCCGGACUUCCCAUAACCUUCAAGAUAUUAUUUACUCCUGAAGAACACAAAAUUGUUCUAUCAAACCGGACUGACAUUCCUGCUAGUUUUUCUAUUGAUCACUCGAAUUCUGAAAUUAGCGAAAAGUUUUCACUGUAUCCUAUUUCCGGAGAAGUAGCGGCUGAUGGCUAUCAGGCUGUUCGAAUUAAUUUUUCUGCGGAUAAAAUAAUGAAUUUUUAUCAGCAAUUUAAAGUAAAAAUUAACGGAGUUCGCGAAAAACUUGACUUUAACAUAAACGGUUCAGUGAUUGGACCCACGUUUCAGUUCGAUAAGAAAUCCAUCAAUUUUGGGCACGUGGCUUUUGGGUUUGUUACCUUUGUGGAAUGUACACUUUCAAAUACUGCUUUGAUUCCAAUGAAUUUCCACCUACGCAUUAAAAAAAACGGCGACGUCGAUCCUAUAAAUUGCGAAAUAGAAGACUGUUUUGAAAAAUUAGAGGAACGAGAAUUUGAUCAAUCUUUAAAAGAGUUUGCUGUUUAUCCAAAUUGUGGUCAAAUUAUGGCAAAAGAAAAAUGCAAAAUAAAGAUUCGUUUAUUGCCUAAUAUAUUAAAAUCAUAUGAAAACGGACUUAUCAUGGAUGUUGACGAAAUCGGCGAAAAUGUUUAUGAACUCCCUAUUUUUGCGACGUAA